GAUUAUUCUCUAUAUAUAACUCCGAGUGAACGUUUUGACUUCAUUUGCUGUUUGCUCCCCAAUUAGUUCAGACACCUUCGAUAUCAGCGUUAGCUAUUAUUGGUUUCUAAACUUUCAAACGACAAAUAUGUGGCGCUUUAGCUUAUGUUUAAUAUGUAUUACGGUCGGUGUAUCUGCACACAAAUUAAAUGUCGAUCAAGCCAUGGCAAAUCAUCAAGUGGUACCUAAUGUAAUUCCCGUUGCUCCAAAAGAAAUUAUACAAGUAAAUUAUUCGAAUGGCGUGAAAGCAUUACUUGGCAAUGAACUUACACCUACUGAGGUGAAAGACCAGCCGUCAGUUAGUUGGAAUGCUGAUCCUAAUUCAUUUUAUACGCUAUGUUUGAUCGAUCCGGAUGCGCCGAGUCGUGCUGAACCUACAAGUAGAGAAUGGCAUCAUUGGUUGGUAGGAAACAUACCCGGUGGAAAUGUGAGUCAGGGAGAAACACUUUCCGGAUACGUAGGUUCUGGACCUCCACCAAAAACCGGGUUACAUCGAUACGUGUUUUUAGUAUUCAAACAACCGUCAAAACUGUCAUUCGAUGAGCCGCGUAUAAGCAAUAAAUCUGCCGAAAACCGUGACAAAUUUUCAAUCAAUAAAUUUGCAUUGAAGUACAAUUUAGGAACACCUGUGGCUGGUAACUUUUAUCAAGCUAAGUACGAUGAUUAUGUUCCAAUUCUAUACCAACAAUUUGGAGUCAAUUUAUAAUCUCAUUUCAAGAUUAAACCAAAAUUAGUAACCUCAUAUUAUUUAAAUAAUCGUGAAAAAAAUUUUUAUGUAGCAAAUAAUAUUUAAACGGCUAUUUGAUUUUUCAUGUCUACAGUAUUCUAUACCUAUCAUAAUAUGUAAAUUAGUUAAAUAAAAAUUAUUUUCUUUUAUAAAA